CUUACGCCUGCAAAUAACAAUGAUAACGGAAGAUGAUUCUUCCCCUGCCGACCUGCUUGAACUCGCACAGAACGCGGCGGCGCUGUUUGCGCGGUGUGGGCGCGAUUCCCUGUGCGCGGCCACGCGCGUUGUGGUCGAGCGAUUGCAGUUGGUCGCGUCAACAUCCAUCGGGACGGUGACUGACUCUUUGCAGAAAAACCGAAUAUUAACCACGGCCUCUUCUCCAUUCAAGAUUGACCUGAUUCACGCGGAAGGCAUUGCGGACGUGCUUCGAUUUCUGCACUUGCUGGGAAAUGUUGCGCUUCAGAUCCUCCUCGCCGAUCAGGACAAGAAGACGCGAAUUAACGAGCCGCAAACAGUGCCACAACGACUAGAUCACUCUGCCCUCCCAGAUCUCGCCACGCAGGAAUUUUUUCGCGGC